AUGCUUCGGUCUAUGCGAGGGCUUCUUUGCUUUUCCUACGACAAAGCCAAACACACCAGAAACCCAGAGACAGCUGUGAAUUUGUCGAACAAUGCCAUUCGCCUUCGAUCCAGCUGCAAGACAGCUGUCAAGGUAGCGCUUCCUUGUUCACACCCGAGAGAGUCCGACAAAACUAUGACUGGCAUCAUGAAAGAUCCAAUCCCGACAUCUGCCGAUGCAAACUCGUCUUGCAUCCCAGAAACUGACAGUUCAUGUGCCUCGACUUCCGUCUCGAUGACAGAAUCCGCUAUUUCUGCAAGUUCUGCAACCAGUGACAGCCUUUCCACAAACUCCGGUGGCCUCGCCAAGCUGGCUGCCAUGGCACCCCCGGAUGAUGGCACACCGUAUGUCCCCAUCAUGCAGCUGGACGGCACACUGAGACCGCCACUUAUCUCAUUCGGUGGCUAUGGAUCCUUUGGGGGCCGGUUCGUUCCUGAACCCAUUGUGGGCUUCCUGCACGAACUGACCACCGUCUUCGAGGCCACCGUUUCGGAUCCUGCCUUCUGGGUGGACUAUGCGAGAUACCAGCGCAACCUGACAACGCCGCUCCAGAAAGCCACUAAACUCACCAAGGUGGCUGGCGGCGCUACCAUCUGGUUGAAAAGGGAGGACCAGGCUGAAUACGGUAGCCACAAGACUCGCAAUAUUGUCGGUCAGCUGCUGCUCGCAAAGCGGAUGGGUCGCACUGAAAUCGUCACCGAUUGCGCAUCGGCCAAGCAUGGGAACUUCACGGCGGCGAUGUGCGCGCGGCUCAAUCUGCAGUGUGUGGUUAUCAUGGGCGCAGAUGACGCACAGUCCCAGGAGGAAGACGUUCUGGAGAUGAAGAUGCUCGGGGCCAAGGUCCUGACUGCACGAAGCCCAUCUGGCAUGGGCACUCUGCGUGCUGCAAUCACCGAAGCACUUCGUUAUUCAGUUUGCAACCAUGAGACCACAUACUAUCUGAUGGGUGGGCCUGUGGGCCCCAAUCCCCUGCCAACCUUGACUCGCACGUUCCAGGCACUGCUAGGCGAGGAGGUCGCAGUCCAGAUGUGGACCGCGGCGGGCUGUCAGCCAGAUGCUGUCGUCACUGCCGUUGGAAGUGGUGCUGGGGCAGUCGGCCUCUUCAGACCAUUUCUUCAUCGAUCCUCAAUUCGGCUGGUGGGGGUUGAAGGUGCCCAGGCUGCAGCUUUAACCGAAGGCUCCAUGGGUGUCCUCCAAGGAGCGCGCACGCUCAUGCUCCAGAACCACGACGGUCAAAUCAUCGACUCGCACUCAAUCUCACCAGACAUGAACCUCUCCACUGCGGGUCCCGAAGUGGCUCAUUGGAAGAGCUGCGGUCGUGUUGAAAUUACAACUGCCACCGACGCGGAUGCCCUGGACGGGUUCAAAACCCUGCAGCACCAUGAGGGGAUCCUGUCGGGCCUCGAUUCGAGUCACGCGGUGAGCAAAGCAAUUGAUCUGGCACGCGAAUUGGGACCGGGAAAGAAUCUUGUUCUGUUGGUGACCGGUUGUGAUGCCAUUGGCAUCCGUCAGUUGCAUGUUUGA